UCGAUCUCGCGCUCAUGAGGAAUACCGCUAUUUCGUAGGCGCGAUUUUCAAGUUCGUGAUAUUUGGUUUGGGCAUUUGCUUCAGCAUUUUAUUAUCACAAAUUCCCAGUUAGUCAUGGACUACAAACCAUUCCUUUAUGGGGGAUUGGCAUCAAUGACUGCAGAGCUCUGUACUUUCCCAAUUGACACAACAAAAACAAGGCUACAGUUACAAGGCCAAGUGACAGAUACAAAACAGAAAGCCAUUCGCUAUCGUGGGAUGUUUCAUGCAUUCUUCAGGAUAACAAAAGAAGAGGGAAUAAGGGCAUUAUUUAAUGGGGUAUCUCCUGCACUUCUUCGUCAGGCUACAUACGGCUCAUUGAAACUAGGAAUUUAUCACUCUCUCAAAAGGAUUUUAGUGAAAGAUCCUAAAGAUGAGACACUCUUUGUUAAUGGCUUCUGUGGGGUAGUCGCUGGUGCAUUAGGGUCUGCGGUGUGCAACCCAACAGAUGUACUGAAAAUCCGCAUGCAAGCUGAAUACAGAGCAGGUGCAGGCUCAUCCAAGACGAGUAUGCUGGUAGCAUUUGGUGACAUGUACAGACAAGAAGGAAUAAGGGGUUUAUACAGGGGUGUAGGUCCCACUUCCCAACGUGCAGCAGUCAUUGCAGGGGUGGAGUUACCCGUUUACGACUCUGCUAAGAGAUUUAUUCUCGACAAAAAACUGAUGGGAGAUCAUCCUGGGACACACUUUGUGGCGAGCGCAAUCGCAGGACUUGCAGGAGCCAUCGCGUCUAACCCUAUUGAUGUGGCCAAGACAAGAAUGAUGAAUCAGAGAAACCUUAAAGUGAAGACAGAGGGUGGUCCUGUACUGUAUAGGAGUGCGUCACACUGUCUGGUGGUGACCUUUAGAACAGAGGGAUUCUUUGCCUUAUACCGUGGCUUCAUACCAAACUUUGCCCGCCUUUGUCCGUGGAAUAUAGUUUUCUUCAUGGCAUAUGAACAGUACAAGAUCUUUGGGAGUAGUGUUCUGCCCUAAGGCUCAAAUAAAUUAAAAGAGAAAACUAUUGAUAACCUCAAAUAAAAAAAAAUAUAUGAGAUAUUCAUCGACAAUACUCGCAUGACAAGGUCAUCAGAAAAUAUUUUAUUGAUAACUUAGCUUCUUGGUGCAUUAUUAAUGGAUCAAAGUCAUCAUACUUUUCACAUUGUAAAUAGAGUUGAUUUUAAUAAAAGCAUAGAUUGGGA